GCGCAGCUUCGUCUCGUCUGCCCCUCCUCUAAAGCAGAGAGGGGCAGAGGAGGUCGCGCCGCUGUCGUCUCCCACUCUCCGUCGGCAUCACCGUUCCCCUCUCCCCCCUCCUCUGCCUCCGCUCUCCCCCAGUGCCCCCCCCCUCCCCCUCUUCACCGCAGAGAGAGAAAGAGAGGGCCAGAGGGGGCGCGUCAUCUCAGAUCAACAAUGGCGGACUGGACCAGCGAUAAAGAUGAUAGUGAUAAGUUUGAGUGGGAAAGUGAUGGUGAGGCUGAACCCUCAUCGGCUCCGGCCUUCGGGAACUUGGAUGCUGCUGGUCCGUCCACGCUGGACUCUAAUGGGUGGGCCAAUGAGGAAGCACCACCCACUUCGUUAGUCGAGGGAUAUGUGUUAAUGGGUUUCCCAAAAGAGAUGGUCUUGAAGGGAAUUAAGGAGAUUGGGCACAGUGAUGCAAAUGCGUUGCUGGAACUACUUCUCACAUAUAAGACACUAGGUGAGGACGCUGCAGUGGGUAAUUGCUCCACUUCUGGCUGCUUCCCUCAGAGUGUUGAAGACGAUGAUGAUUUUGAUUUUGAAAACUGGGAUGGAGACAAUGAUGCUGAUGGGAGAGAGCCAAACCCUGAUAGUUCUGGUGAUGAGGAUUUCCUAAGAGAGAUGUCAGAGAAGGACGACAAGAUCAAGUCCUUAGUAGACAUGGGCUUUCCUGAAGAUGAAGCAAAUAUGGCUAUUACCAGAUGUGGUGUGGAUGCCGCUCUCACUGUAUUAGUUGAUUCAGUCUAUGCAUCACAGGCUGCAGGAGAUUGUCACUAUGGGAACUUAUCUGGCUAUGAGGUUACUGGUAGCUGCUUUGAUUCUUUGGGAGUAAGAAAGAAAGCAAGAUUGAUGGAAGAUAGCAAGAAAAAGCGGAAGCAGUAUGGAGGUGGAGCACAAGGAAAUCGACGGCCCUUGGAUGGUAACCAUGAAGAACCGAUGCCUCUCCCAAAUCCAAUGGUUGGAUUUAGCCUGCCUAAUGAUAGGCUACGAUCAGUGACCAGACGGCUUCCUCAACAAGCUAUUGGGCCACCUUUCUUCUACUAUGAAAAUGUGGCACUAGCUCCAAAAGGUGUCUGGGCGACGAUUUCAAGAUUCCUGUAUGACAUUGAACCGGAGUUUGUGGAUUCUAAGCACUUGUGUGCAGCUGCUAGAAAAAGAGGAUAUAUCCAUAAUUUGCCAAUUGAGAACAGAUUUCCUGUCCUGCCUCUCCCUCCAAAGACUAUAUUUGAGGCCUUUCCUCAUUAUGAGAAGUGGUGGCCUUCUUGGGAUCCGAGAAGGCAAUUCAAUUGUUUGCAGACAAGCAUGUCAAGUGCGAAACUGACAGAAAGAAUCCAAUGUGCUCUUGCAAACUCAGGCAAUCCACCACAUAGAAGUGUUCAAAAGUAUGUCAUGGAUGAGUGCAGAAAAUGGAACCUUGUUUGGGUUGGAAAGAACAAAGUUGCCCACCUGGAGCCGCAUGAGGUAGAAUAUCUGCUUGGUUUCCCAAGGGACCACACGAGGGGAGUUGGCAAAACAGAGAGGUUCAAAUCUCUUGGCAAUUCGUUCCAAGUAGAUACCGUUGCUUAUCACUUGUCAGUGCUGAAGGACAUGUUUCCCAAUGGUGUUAAUGUGCUAUCUUUAUUCACUGGUAUUGGAGGAGGAGAGGUAGCACUGCACAGGCUUGGGAUCCACAUGAGGACAGUAGUUUCUGUUGAGAUAGGUGAAGUUAAUAGGAGGAUUUUGAGGGGUUGGUGGGAUCAGACUCAAACUGGCACAUUAAUUGAGAUUGCUGAUGUGAAAUCUCUUACUAACGAUAGAAUUGCAACAUUUGUUAGAAGAUUUGGCGGCUUUGACUUGGUGAUUGGGGGCAGCCCAUGUAACAAUCUUGCUGGCAGCAACCGGCACCACCGUGAUGGCUUGGAGGGCGAGCAAUCUGCUUUAUUCUACCACUACUUCAGAAUCUUAGAUGCUGUAAAGUCGGAAAUGGCAGCGAUGUAGCCUAUUCGUUUUAGUGCAUGUUUAUCAUUUCAUGCUUGUCUCUAGGAACCACAACUUCAUCUAUGUUAAACAUUGCGUUGAUGUGAAGGAUGUUUAUUUCUGGGAAA